CCGCGACGUGAUGUCAUAGCUGUCAUAGCUCCGCCGAUAGAUCGAAUAACGAUAAACGCUCUCUCGGAUAGAUUGUGUCGGAUAGUGCGUUUCCGCGGAACGCGAGGAAACGGCGAACGAGGCGCGCUCGCCAGCGAGUGAGCCGUGCCGCAGGCUUUCCCCCCUGGAGCGGAGUAGCCUCGAAAUGGAGACGCAGAGCAACGUUAUAAGGAUGUCCAAGGAGGACAUCCCGCUGAUAUCCAAACCGCGGAAUUACAGCUCCUGGUCGAGAUGCUGCACCUGGAUGUGGAGGAGAUGCUGCCGAGAACGGGAACUGAGAGCCAGGGUUAUCCACAUCGGGCAGCCUAUGCACGAGAAGUUCCCCACUAAUGUUAUAAGAAAUCAAAAAUACAACGUUGUUACUUUCCUGCCUCUGGUCCUCUUUCAGCAGUUCAAGUUCUUCUUGAAUCUAUACUUUCUGCUCAUGGCUAUAUCCCAAUUUAUACCAGACAUAAGGAUAGGGUACCUGUAUACGUACUGGGGGCCACUGUGCUUCGUCUUAACCGUGACGAUUUUCCGCGAGGCCGUCGAUGAUUUUCGAAGGUACAAGCGGGACAAGGAGGUCAACGCACAAAAAUAUUAUAGACUAGUGAGAGGUUUUAAUACGCCGGAAUUAGUACCAAGCUCGAAAUUGCGCGUGGGCGACUUGGUUAUAGUAGAGAAGGGUCAAAGAGUACCAGCCGACUUAGUAUUAUUACGCACAACCGAAAAAUCUGGCGCGUGUUUCGUGCGGACCGACCAGUUGGACGGGGAAACGGACUGGAAAUUGAGAUUAGCAGUGCCUGCAACGCAAAAAUUGGAGAGCAACUCUCAGCUGUUUGAUAUUAAGGCCAGUCUGUACGUUGAGAAGCCUCAGAAGGAUAUACAUAGCUUCAUCGGCACCUUUUCAAGGUACGACGGGUACAGCAGCGAAGAGAGCCUGGGUGUGGACAACACGUUAUGGGCCAACACAGCUGUGGCGUCUGGUUCCGCACUUGGUAUCGUCGUCUACACCGGUCAGGAGACGCGAUCUCUGAUGAAUCAUUCGGAAAUCCGAUCGAAAGUUGGCCUGCUCGAUAAAGAGAUCAAUCAGUUAACGAAGGUGCUGUUCUGCGCGGUGAUAGGACUCGCGCUUGUAAUGAUGUGCUUAAAAGGAUUCAGCGGACCGUGGUAUCGUUACAUGUUCCGUUUCGUCCUGCUGUUUUCCUACAUCAUACCGAUCAGCUUGAGAGUAAACCUGGACAUGGGCAAGGCGUUUUACGCAUGGUGUAUACAGAGGGAUAAGGAUAUCGCCGGCACGGUCGUGAGGACGACCACGAUUCCGGAGGAACUCGGGCGUAUAUCGUAUCUGCUGAGCGACAAGACCGGCACGUUGACGCAGAAUAAGAUGGUGUUCAAGAAGUUACACCUGGGUACGAUAUCUUACGGCCAGGAGACGUUCGACGACGUGACGUCAGUGUUAAAGACUUACUAUCCCACGGACACGGAGCACUCGCCGGUGAAGCCGAUGUCGUCUGCGUACAGCGGGAAGGUCCGCAGAUCCGAGAACACCCGGAUCUACGAUGCCGUGCAUGCCCUGGCUCUGUGCCACAACGUGACCCCGGUGUACGACGAGGUGAACAAAUCCACGAAUCUGGACUCGGUGAGCGUGCAGACGGUGGAAACCGGAGAUACAGGUUCCAUUCAGAGCCAAACGGAGGCGGAUCAGCAUUACUAUCCGCCGGAACAGAAACGCAAUUAUCAGGCUUCGAGCCCGGACGAAGUAGCUCUGGUGAAGUGGACGGAGGAAAUGGGACUGGCUCUGAUUAAGCGGGACCUAAAUUCGAUGCAGUUGAAAACUCUGAACGGUCAAGUAUUGAAUUACACGAUACUGCAAAUAUUCCCGUUUACGUCGGAGACCAAGCGAAUGGGAAUUAUCGUGAAGGAGGAGUCCAGCUCUGAGAUCAUUUUCUACUUGAAAGGCGCUGACGUUGUGAUGUCUGGUAUUGUGCAGUAUAACGACUGGCUGGAUGAGGUGUGCGAAAACAUGGCGCGCGAAGGUCUCCGAACGUUGGUCGUGGCAAAGAAAAAUCUGACCGAGGACCAGUAUCUCGAUUUUGAAGCAAGAUACAACGCGGCGAGAAUGAGCGUCAGCGACCGUGUAUCGAGGGUCGCCGCGGUGGUGGAGAGUCUCGAGAGAGAGAUGGAAUUGUUAUGUGUAACCGGUGUCGAGGACAGGCUGCAAGACAGGGUGAGGCCUACGCUGGAACUCUUGAGGAACGCCGGGAUCAAGAUAUGGAUGUUGACCGGCGACAAAUUGGAGACCGCGACUUGCAUAGCGAAAUCCUCGCGUCUCGUGUCGCGCACCCAGGGCCUGCACGUCUUCAAGUCUGUCGUGACGCGCACCGACGCUCAUUUGGAACUGAAUACAUUUCGCAAGAAGCAAGAUUGUGCCUUAGUUAUCAGCGGCGACUCUCUGGAGGUGUGCUUGCAGUAUUACGAGCAAGAAUUUCUGGAGCUCGCUUGCAGCUCACCCGCCGUAGUUUGCUGCCGAUGCUCUCCCACGCAGAAAGCCGAAGUUGUGAGUCUCAUACAGAGACACACCGAGAAAAGAACGGCGGCCGUCGGCGAUGGCGGUAACGACGUCUCUAUGAUACAAGCCGCGGACGCUGGGAUAGGUCUUGAGGGUCUUGAAGGAAGACAAGCAUCGCUAGCUGCAGAUUUUUCAAUUUCUCAGUUCAGUCAUCUCGCAAAUUUACUACUAGUCCACGGCAGAAGAAGUUAUAAACGAUCGGCUGCAUUGAGUCAAUUCGUUAUACACCGUGGUCUGAUAAUCUCGACUAUGCAAGCUGUGUUCUCUGCAGUCUUUUAUUUGUCUUCGGUUGCCUUAUAUCAAGGUUUUCUUAUGGUUGGGUACGCCACGAUAUAUACAAUGUUUCCCGUCUUUUCGUUGGUAUUGGAUAAAGACGUGUCAGGAAAGAUAGCGCUUACCUAUCCAGAACUUUAUAAAGAGCUUAGUAAAGGCCGUUCGUUGUCGUAUAAAACAUUUUUUAUGUGGGUUUUGAUAAGUAUAUAUCAAGGAGGAGUAAUUAUGUACGGUGCUCUUAUAAUGUUCGAGGACGAAUUCAUUCAUAUAGUGGCCAUAAGUUUUUCAGCGCUAGUUUUGACAGAAUUAAUAAUGGUCGCUUUAACAAUUAGAACCUGGCAUCACAUAAUGAUGCUUGCAGAAAUCUUCUCUCUAGCGCUCUAUUUAUUAUCGUUGGUCGUCCUGAAGGAUUACUUUGAUGCUGAAUUUAUUAAAACAACAGACUUCUUAUGGAAGGUAUUGGUGAUAACGUUGGUCUCGUGUAUGCCACUGUAUAUCCUGAAAUUUUUGAGGAAAAAGUUUUCGCCUCCCAGUUACACCAAAUUAUCCUAAAAUCUUGUGCGGAAAUUGAUUCGUCCGCGUAUAGAUGACAAGGGAGGAUAAAACAUCAAACAUCGUAACUUGCAAAAAAUUAUAAAACUGUAUACAAAUUUUGUUUAGUUUUAAAAUAUCCCAAAUCCAAUCCAAUUGAAAUAAUUUUUAAUGAAAUAAGAAAAUGCAGUAUAUGCACCGUCUUAUAGCAAUCAACUAUUUUUGUAACAAUCAAUUUUUUACGACGUUAAUCCUAAGGAGGACUAACGUAGCAGGAAGUAAUAAGCGCAAAAACUGAAAACCGGCAAAGUUUCCAAAUUUCUUAUAUCGUGUCUGCACGCCGACUUUAAGGAAAUAUGGAUUGGAUUAAACUUGUUAUAAGCGAAACAAUUUCACAACUCUCCGCAUAAUGUUAAUUCUUCCCGCAAGCUUAUCUUCUACGCAUCUUGGCUUUAGAUUAAAUACAUGACUUUUUAUACUUGAUUUUCUUUAUAUUUUUUGUUUGUGUAUUAAUUUAUUUCUGAACGCAUUGCCAAAAGGAUCGCAUCUUCCAUUUUUAUGUGUUUAUACGUACAUAUUGCGAUAUUUAUAUAUAACUGCUCUAUAUAUAUAUAUAUCAUAUUUUGUGAAAUAUUAAUUCGAUGCGUUCUCUAAUCGUGCACAACAGUAUUUCUCAUGUAUCUAAAUCCUCGAGUAUUCGCAUGGAUCAAUAUAAUCUUAAUUUGUAUAACAAUAACUAAAUGCAUUUUACUAAAGAAAAUGGCUAGAAUUAAUACGAUUAAGGUCUAGAAUUUGAGUAUCGAGAAAUAAAACUGUGAUUUUCGCGAGUCAAA